GAGGCGCUGCCUCGACACCGGCGGACCAAUCGGCGCGGGCCACGGUGAGAUCUUUUCGAUGUACUUUUUCUGGGAGACUCCAGUGCUGCAGUUUGUGUGUGUUGCUAACAGAGGAGACUGCGAGUAGCUGAGACCAUGAGACCGCUUCUUCUUGGAGUGUUGGGCUGCUCCCUGGUCCUGUCCAUCCAGGCUUUGUACACGUCUAGCGAUGAUGUUAUCGAGCUCACCGCGUCCAACUUCAACAGGGAGGUCGUCCAGAGUGAGAGUCUGUGGCUGGUUGAGUUCUACGCUCCGUGGUGUGGUCACUGUCAGAGUUUAGCUCCAGAGUGGAAGAAAGCAGCCACAGCCCUCAAGGGAAUUGUCAAGGUUGGUGCUGUAGAUGCAGACCAGCACAAGUCUCUGGGUGGUCAGUAUGGAGUGAGAGGUUUCCCCACCAUCAAGAUCUUUGGGGGAAACAAGAACAAGCCGGAUGAAUACCAAGGUGGACGCAGUAGUCAGGCCAUUGUGGAUGGAGCCAUGAACGCCUUGCGCAGUCUGGUUAAAGACAGGCUGAGUGGCAAGUCUGGCAGCUCUGGCUACAGCAAACAGGGUGGUGGCAGCGGAGGCAAUGGUGGCAGCAAAAAGGAUGUGGUCGAGCUCACUGACGACAACUUUGACAAGAUGGUGCUGGACAGUAAUGAAGUGUGGUUGGUGGAGUUCUUCGCCCCCUGGUGUGGACACUGCAAGAACCUGGAGCCUGAGUGGGCAGCUGCAGCCACAGCUGUUAAGGAACAGACCAAGGGCAAAGUUCGCCUGGGAGCCGUGGAUGCCACUGUGCACCAGGUUCUGUCUAGUCGCUAUGGGGUCCGUGGAUUUCCUACCAUCAAGAUUUUCCGCAAAGGCGAGGAGCCAGAGGACUACCAGGGAGGACGCUCCCGCGGAGACAUCAUCGAGAAGGCUUUGGACCUGUUCUCUGAUAAUGCUCCUGCUCCUGAACUGCAGGAGAUCCUCAGUGAAGAUGUCCUGAAGAAGACCUGUGAGGACAGUCAGCUGUGUAUAAUCGCUGUCCUGCCGCACAUCCUGGACACAGGCGCAGCUGGUAGAAACGACUAUUUGGAGGUGAUGUUGAAGAUGGCUGAUAAGUACAAGAAGAAGAUGUGGGGGUGGCUUUGGACGGAGGCAGGAGCUCAGAUGGAGCUGGAGUCUUCUCUGGGCAUCGGUGGAUUCGGAUACCCGGCCAUGGCUGCUAUCAAUACACGCAAGAUGAAAUUUGCUCUCCUGAAGGGCUCCUUCAGUGAGACUGGUAUUCAUGAGUUCCUCAGGGAGCUUUCUGUCGGCCGUGGCUCCACUGCCACCUUGGGAGGCGGAAUCAUGCCUAAGAUUCACACUGUGGAAGCCUGGGAUGGCAAGGAUGGACAGCUUCCUGUGGAGGACGACUAUGACCUCAGUGACAUAGACCUGGAUGAUGACUUCGACAAGGAUGAGUUAUGAGCCUAGAUGAGGCGGGAUCCGAGACAGGUCGUCGUUUGUUGAAUCCGGUCCGGCCCCGUGCGACCCGCCUCUCCUCUCCUGUGGACGAAUGGGAGGCCCGGUUGCCCAGUUACUAAAAUAUUCUAGAAAAGACACAGGAGAAACACCUGCGGUUUCUCACAACAUCUUUUUGUGAGUCACACAGGGACGGGGGGGGGUGGCGUGUCCCUGGUGUGACCUGCUGAACAUUAAGGCGCUGCAUAUUUAUAUGGCUGUGACCACCAGCUGAGGAGAGGAAGGAGGUUCUGAAUGUGGCAUUUCAACCUUUUUUUGUAAAACGCCGCCAAGCACACAUUUUAAUGUGAACAUGUCAAAGUAACACUUCAAUGGUUCAAUGGUGUGACUAAAAUAUUUUCUGUUUUCUUUUUAAUCCGUGACUAAGAAUCUUGGUGGGUUUGCAUUAUCUGUCCAGGACAAGGGGAUACCGUGGGCCUUGUGUAGAUUUUUCUUACACGACUUUAUUUCAAUUGUGUGAAAACAAAAUGACAUUUUUGUUACAAAAAUAAAAAGAAAUUAAAAACAA